UAGUUGGGGGGUAGUAACCUGGAAAGACAUCAACUGCGCGUGCGCGCUCCCCUCCCUCCUCCUUGCUACGAGGCCUUAGCGCGCAUGCGUCCCUUUGCUUCUAUCCGGCUCUUCCCCCGAAGGGGCGGCGAGCGCAGGGGCCCAAGAUGUCGGCCAGCCGUUACCGGCGUUUCCUCAAGCUCUGUGAGGAAUGGCCUUUGGACGAGACCAAACGGGGCCGAGACUUGGGCGCUUACCUGCGGCAGCGGGUGGCGCAGGUCUUUCGGGAGGGAGAGAACACCCAGAUUGCAGAGCCUGAGACCUGUGACCAAAUGUACGAGAGCUUAGCACGACUUCAUUCAAACUAUUACAAACUCAAAUAUCCUCGCCCAAAAGAUACAUGCUUCAGUGGACUGACAGUGGAAGAAUGCAGGAUUGUACUGGCUACAGAUACCUUGGAAGAAUUUAAAGAAAUGAAUAAGGGCUUAUGGAAAAAACUUCAGGAGAAGUUAGCCACUAAGAGUCUGGAUGAUAAAGCUAAGGAGUAGCCCCUGUCUUUGUCCUCCCUAUGUACAUAAGUGCAAAGCCUUUGUAUAUUGCCAAGAAUAAAACUGUCCCUCCUUCCCA